GUACAUGCUUAAUUUGAAUUAACAGAAACUUACUGUCUAGAUCACAAGAUGUAAUAAAACUGCCCAGAGAGCUGUGUGUGUGUUUGGCUAAAGGCCGGUAUAGAAAAUAGUUUCACUCUGUCCUGCUCCAUUCAGGCCGCAUCUGGAGUACUGUGUACAGUUCUAUAAAGCAGAGUCAGUUCCUGUGAAUCAGCUUUGGGCUUUCCCAUUUUUCAUUGAGAAAUCCAUGGCAUGUUGCUAUAUGUCAAGCAAAUGGAACACAUGUGCUUUUUAAAAAUCAGGUCUAUUUAAAAUAAACUUAAAUCUUAUCCAUAGAUUUGAGUGACAAUAUUGAAGUAGUAGUUGCACUAUACAUUAGGUGUACAACUUAGGAAAUGUGGCACUAGAAAUAAUUGGACACCUGUGGAAAACAUAAAAGCAGUCCACCUUAGAGCAAAAUCGUUAAUAAAACAGAAGCUAACAUUGCACUGAUAUUCUGGAGCAAAACAGCCAUUUACGUAAAUGGAGCCUUGGACUUUUCAACUUGUUUGCUGGGGCAUAGCGGUUGUUGUCCUCUUUACCUUUACAGACUUCUGUAAUGUGACAUUUUGCCCGUCCAUGAACUUCUACUGAAAUGACUGAGAUGACACGGUCAUAGAAAGGAAAUUUGGUGAGCGACCUCCACCUAAGCGGCUCACCAGGGAAGCUAUGAGAAAUUAUUUAAAGGAGCGUGGUGAUCAAACUGUUCUAAUUCUUCAUGCAAAAGUUGCACAGAAAUCCUAUGGGAAUGAAAAGAGGUUUUUUUGCCCCCCACCAUGCGUAUAUCUUAUGGGUAGUGGGUGGAAGAAAAAAAAAGAACAGAUGGAACGGGAUGGCUGCUCUGAACAAGAGUCUCAACCAUGCGCCUUUAUUGGGAUAGGAAAUAGUGACCAAGAAAUGCAGCAGUUAAACCUGGAAGGAAAGAACUAUUGCACAGCUAAAACUUUGUACAUAUCCGACUCUGACAAGCGAAAGCACUUCAUGUUAUCCGUAAAAAUGUUCUACGGUAAUAGUGAUGAUAUUGGUGUAUUCCUCAGUAAACGGAUCAAAGUAAUCUCCAAACCUUCUAAAAAGAAACAGUCACUGAAAAACGCAGACUUGUGCAUUGCAUCAGGGACAAAAGUGGCACUGUUCAAUCGACUUCGGUCGCAAACAGUUAGCACCAGAUACUUGCACGUUGAAGGAGGAAACUUUCACGCCAGCUCACAACAGUGGGGAGCAUUUUAUAUUCAUCUCUUGGAUGAUGAUGAAUCAGAAGGAGAAGAAUUCACAGUUAGAGACGGCUACAUUCAUUACGGCCAGACAGUCAAACUUGUUUGUUCAGUUACCGGCAUGGCACUCCCAAGAUUGAUAAUCCGUAAAGUGGACAAACAAACCGCAUUACUAGAUGCAGAUGAUCCAGUGUCACAGCUCCAUAAGUGUGCAUUUUACCUUAAAGAUACUGAACGAAUGUACUUGUGCCUUUCCCAAGAGCGAAUUAUCCAGUUUCAAGCCACUCCAUGCCCAAAAGAACCAAAUAAAGAGAUGAUAAAUGAUGGAGCUUCAUGGACAAUCAUUAGCACAGACAAGGCAGAGUAUACAUUUUAUGAGGGGAUGGGACCUGUCCAUGCACCAGUAACACCUGUGCCUGUUGUGGAAAGUCUUCAGUUGAACGGUGGUGGGGAUGUAGCAAUGCUGGAACUAACUGGGCAGAACUUUACUCCAAAUUUACGUGUCUGGUUUGGGGAUGUGGAAGCUGAAACAAUGUACAGAUGUGCAGAAAGCAUGCUGUGUGUCGUUCCUGAUAUUUCUGCAUUCCGGGAAGGCUGGAGGUGGGUCCGUCAACCAGUCCAAGUUCCAGUCACUUUGGUCCGGAACGAUGGAAUAAUCUACUCCACCAGCCUUACAUUUACAUACACACCAGAGCCAGGGCCCCGACCUCAUUGCAGCGCAGCUGGAGCAAUCCUCAGAGCCAAUUCAAGUCUCCUGGCAUCCAGUGAAGCAAACACGAACAGCGAGGGAAGUUACACAAAUGUCAGCACAAACCCAACCAAUGUCACAUCAUCAACAGCAACAGUAGUUUCCUAACCACUGCUCUUUGUGUGGACCUUCUUAGAAACUGUCUUUCAAGAACUUCAAACAACGAAACUUUUGUGGUUUCAUGGGAAAAUUCUCUUCACUUCUCUUUGAACCCUUAUCACCUACAAGUGCUGAUCUCAAUAGAAGCCACAAUAAAAAAAUUGAAAGGGGUGGGGGAGAAUAACCCCUUUAUUCAAAAUCUAUUUUUAGUUGUCUCUUUAAAAAUGGGCACGAAGCUAAAAAAAAUAAAAGUGGCUGGGAUACAAGUUGAACUAAAACAUGGACAUAACAUAGUUUUUAUGGACCAAGGAACGCUUUAGUAUAAAAGGUACAUUUUCACCAUGCCUUUUUGUAUCACAACAUAUAGUACGCUUUUGUUACCAAAUAGUUUAUAUAUUUUUUUUUCCUCUGAGCAUUUGCUCUGAAGUAUAUUCAGGUUCCAAGCCUGACCAUGCUUGUAUAAUCUAAUUACCAUACUCUUCCAGUUUUUUAAAUAUAUAUAUAUUUUUGGUCUGUGGCUGGAACUGUUGCAUUUUUUUAAACUGAAGUCUUGUGACUUUUUAUGAACUGAAUUUUUUGUUUUUAUUUUCAGCAAGUAGAACCUUGUAAAGGCCAGCAUAUUUUUUUUAAGAUUAUAUGAAGUUUGUGCAAAAGCUUUAAAAAUGCCUCUGCCUUGCCUGCAAUACAUGCAAUGUAUGUUAACUUUAGAGCUCCUUUUUGGUCAUGGUGGAUAGCUCUUCCUAUGUGUUUCUUUUUUAUGUAUUUAUAGUGUUGCUUCAUGAGGUUUUUAACAUUACAAAUGUGGCCUCUUUUGCAGUUACCCUAACUGCUCAUGCUAUUUGGCAUAUGUUGGUGUUUAAAGGGUUCUUCCCUUCCUUUCACAGUCAAUACAUGCAUCAGAAAAUAUUUUCAGGACUUAUUCAGGUGGCGUUUUAUUUUUAUUGUUUGCUACUCCUGUACAUAAUUUGCUAUUAAGUGUAAGUUAAAUGUGUGUGUGAUUUUUUUUUCAAGUGGACUGUUCCCAAUACCUUCAUUUGGCAGCAUGUUUUCUGUCUUGUUGGCAUAUGAUGACAUUUUUCUUGAAGCAUUGGCCACAAACAGGAUUGAUAGGUGCAUCUCUUCAUUUUGAAUUGGGAGCCAUCACAAAUUACCAUGGUUGUCUGUAAGCAUUAGGCCAACCUUAUGAACUAGAAGUUUGUAUGAUAUCUUUUGCAUUGAGGAUGAAGUGGAUUGUACAGUUAAAUGAUAGUACUUAGUAAUGGCUGAUUGCAAAAGCACUGAUGUGGACUCCUCCUCCCUCUUUUACUUCCUUGCCAACAACCUAGUGCAAUGUUUAAAUCCUUUCCCACUCACACAUUAGCUGAGGGCCAAUUUACACCACUACUUUCUUCUAUUCAAAGUACUUCUUAAAGCUCUUUGUGGCUAGUUCCAUAGAAGCCUUUGUGAACGGUCCAGUACAUGACCAUGAUAUUUUAAAGCCUGUACAUGAUGCAUUGUUUACUCCAUCUCUUGGAGAUGCAUGUGGUUGCCACUCCAGCUGCUGCCUUUUGUGGCAUAUGGGAUACCAUAGCUGAAGGUCCCUUUUACCUUCAGCAGCAGCCUUCAGGGGACUUAAAUUAAAACAGAAAGAAAAGAAGGAAGAGCGCAGCUUCAUGCAUGGAAGAUAGUGUGGUGUCUUUUCAGCCCUGGCCAGUAGAUUUCCCUUUCAUUAUAUGCCCGGGAAUACCAGUGACUGAAGGUUUUGGUGAUUAACUGGAGCAGAAGCCAGUUCAUCAUCAACAUGCAUUGAACCAUGGCUUUCUGUAUGGAUUUUACCAGGGGUUGAUGACCAAACCCCACCAGUGGGAGAGAAAAAGUGGCUGAUUUUGGCCUUGUGUUGCACUAGAUGAAUAUCAGUGGUACUUUUAUUUAGAAUUUGAUAUGUCGUAUUCCCUCUUUUUUGGCAAUUGAGUGGAAACUAUAUCUGAUUGUUUUGCUAGCACAGAACUACGAUCAAUUUAGAAUAAAGUUCCAGCAUGUAAUCUUCCUCCUUCCUUAUAGGGGAAACACUGAGUUUUAUCUAAACCUUCAUUUGUUCCAACUGCCCCCCCAACCCCCCCCCAACAGUGCAGUGGCUAAUACAAAACCCAUGGGUUUUUAUAGGGAAACAUUUGAUUACACAAGAAGCCUUACUGGGUUCCACUGGCUUACACAUAAUCUUCAGUCUUAAUCCUCAGCUAUAUUGUUGAGUGCUGGGUUUAGUAGAUCUUUUCCUCAUUUGAAGGCUGCAUCUUGAAAGAAAGACUGUGGCAGUUAAAAUAUUUGGUUAAAUUAAUGCCUCUCUUCAGAUAUAUUUUUAUUUCUAUCAUGGGCCUUCCUCUGUGCUAUUUUUCCAUACCAUUUGACCUUUCCCCAACAUCUUUGUUGCAAACCACUGGUUCUUAAUUCUAGUUGAUUACUGCCUCACCUCAUCUCUUUUUUCAGUGACCAAGGGCAGGAUUCAUUGUGGCCUUAUCUCUGGUUUAAGCUGUUUACUGACAUUUACUUGCAAACCUGUAUACUUGUCUGUGUAACUUUCUUCCUAUUGUAAUGUGAUGGAGAUUUCUUCACAGUGUAUGUUAAAAGUAUGUUGAGUAUUAUGAAGUAUCAGCUUGUGGAUCCAGGCAUUUUGCUGACUACCCUUGAGAUCAACAAGUGAUAAUAUUCUGGGUUUUCACUAACAUCAAAGAAUUAAUGAUUGCAUACACAGUUGAUUUAGAACUUUUACAAGCUUUCAAAUUCCAUGGUUUAGUAAACUUUUCAGAUUCCUUCCAAUGUAUUUCAGUACCCCUAUGUUGACAUUUUAGCAUAUAGCUGCAUCUGAUUCUAUUCAGUAUCUGGCAUACAUUGCCCUAUGAUGUUUAGGCAAUGUUUGUUUUAGGGAUUCUAGCUGAGAACUUGCUUUCUUUUUUGCCUUUUUCACCACUACAGGUUCAUGAGUAUGACGGAGGAGGGGGAUAAACUCCAUAUUCAGCAGUAGUUUGUAAAGUUAGAAUGCUUAGCUUUUGUAGCCUUUUUUCUCUUAAUGGGGAGGGGGAAACAGUUGUUUCUCAGUUGCCUCUCAUGGUUCUGAGAAGGACUCAGUUGGAAUCAUUUCUCCUUUCUGAAUUGUUUCCCCUAUGAGCUGCAUUGUUUCAUUAACUGAUUUAUCAAUUCAACUCCCAUAACCUAAGUCCAAUUAAGCUAAUCUGCUUGUUAAUGUUCAGUUUUCCCUGCAGUUGUUUGUACAGUAGUUCUGAAGCAAAUGAACCUGCCUGUUCUCAAACUGCUUACUACUCAAAUGCACCUAUUGGCUUAUAUUGGACUGCUUCAAAAUAGACAGAGAAUUGCAGCUUCACAGUCAUAGCCAGCGUAUACUGGCUUGUUUACCCUUGGAACUUUUUUUAGGCCGUGUUAGACAUUAGUCUGAAUGAAGUUUUUCCCAAAGCACCAGGAUGAUGGUGGGAGGGGCUACAUGUCUGAAUAUGAAAAACUUUCAAGCCCAUAGAAAACUAGUAUCUCUGGAAAAGAUAAUCAUUGUAGGCCUCUUCUGGCCAUGCUAGAUGUCUGUGUGCAAGAAGGAUUUUUUCCCUUAUCAGGGGGCACUCGGACAUGCCAAUCCUCCCAUCUGUGUACAGUCUAUGAAAAACGUCUGCUGAUUGUAUAACCUGGUCCUUACUUUUCAUGAGGGAGGGAGAUACUUGACAUGUUGAGUUGUUUCAAACUGCUUUGUAAAUUGCUCUCUUGAUGGUUUGAGAGAGCAACUAGAAUGUUCUGAUUGGGAACAGUACUUAAACUCAAUACUGCCAUUUAAUGUUAUACCAUUGUAUCUUAGGUCACUGUUAAACUUUCCAAUACAUAUAUUCUACAGGUCAGAGUCUCAAGGGAUCAUACAGAUUGUCUGAAAAUCUGUCUCAAUAAGUACAUUGUUGUUAAUGCACCUUUGACACCUGUGCAACCUGUUUCAGACCAAAUAGCUUCAUAGUGGCUUCUAUUCUGAAACAAAAUGCUUACUUCAAUUAUUAAUCAUGCCAUUUACUAUUUUUUCUUUCAAAAAUCUGUGUAUAUGAGUAUAGAAUGUCUGUAUUUUCCUGUGCCAGAUGUGUUACCUUGUUUUCAGACACUGUAAAUGUGGGAUUGAGUGGCAGGUUUGUGUUAGGAAAAAAAAAUUAGGCUUUCUUGCUAACCCUUUUAGGACUGAAGUGUUUCUCUCUUCAUUGAAAUUGCAAUACUAAGUAGCUGCUCCAACAUAGUGAAUGUGUUUUCUUCACCUCAAUUUCCAUUCUUGUACAACUAGAUUAUAUUCCUCUACUCUGUCUCUGGAGGUAAAACCUCACCACAAGCAGCCCAAUUCUGUGUAUGUUUACUUGGAAGCAGGUCUCACAGCAGUCAGUGUGGUUUUCUCACAAAGACCUUGGCUACCUCAUGUACUCUUCAGGAGGGGAAAAAGCAGUUCCUGUCCCAGCCCCCAUGUUCACACACACCCUAGUAAGUUGUUCUGGUCUUUACAGAUUGUAGUUAUCUUUACAAAGAAACCAUUGCUCUGGCAGCAUUUUUAUAACUGGCUGUUGCCAGAGUAAAUGAUAAACAGUAUCAUUAAAUAAUAAGUAAAUGAUAAACAGCUAAGGACCACAUGGAUUGAUGUGGGUGUAGGGCAUAAGGAAAGCUUCCCUCAUGUAGACAGCAGGCAUGGUUCAGGAGUGGCCUAAAUUUGAACAAUUUGGGCUGCAGACACACUGCAUUAAGUCCCAUUGAAUGCAGAAGCAUUAAUCCUGAAUAAACUUGCAUAUGAUUGGGGCUGAUUAGGUUGGGAGGUGCGAUUUAUUGGUUGCAGGCCUCUAGUUAUAGUGUGUUUCUCGAAUCUGUGUUGUGUGUCUCUCUGUGUGUACAUGCUUAUUCAGUCCCUAAAGGGUUUGUUUUACAAAUUGCGCACCUGUAAAGUUUCGUAGCAAUAAAAUAGAAGACUGGGCAAGUCUUCACCAUAAUUUUGUAGGAAAAGAAAUCUGCUCAGUUUCAUAUUUCAUCAAAAAGUCUGCAAUAUGAGCAGUUUGCAGGAAUAAAUAAAAGUGACAUGUAAACUACAUUAAGUGUGUUGUCACAUGUACAGUGUGUAAUUAGCACAUUCAAUAUUUGAUUUAAAACCCUUUCUCUGAAUUUGUGAAGAUUAAAUGAAAUGUUCUGUUACUCUUCAUGUGACUAAUUCAUAAAAACACGUCUGAUACUGAGAUAAUCACAAACUUGUUGAAAUUUUGAUGCAUCUGCAUAUAAGGAGUCAGUUGAAUUUUUCUGGGAGGGCACAAUGAGGUCAUCUGGACAAACAGAAGAGCAGCAAAAAACAAAAACAAAACAACCGUGCAAGAAUUCAACAGUAGUUAUGAGAACCUGCACUGUGGACUCCAUGCAGACUGGAUAUGGAAUUUCUUUCAAUACUUGUAAACAUUGCAGAACUUAGACAAAACUGUUUUAUUCCAAUAUUGUAAAUAUGAACUAGUUCACUUUUUGAUAUUAUUUAUUAAAUAAGGAAAAAUGCA